CUCUCUCUCUGUAUGUCUGUGUGUCAUGAGAACCGGCGGCCCCCUCUGCUCUUCGGCUGAGAAUACUCUACUAUGUGGGGUGAUACCAAAGAGUCCGGUGCCUAGAUGGGCACACGUAGGGGCUUCCGUUUUACGAGGAGAACAAGGAGAAUGGGUUUCCCCCAAAGAGGGAGAGAGGGAGGAAGAGCGUUCCUGGCUUCUCCCGGAUUUUGUUCUAGUCUUGCAACUGAAGAAAUCCUGAAAAGGUCUUCCACAUUAUCAUGGCUAGCAUCAGUCCUGAAAAAGAAGAAAGGAUUGUGUACAGACAGGGAGACCUGUUUUCCUGUCCAGAAACAGAUGCCUUGGCUCACUGUAUCAGUGAGGACUGCCAUAUGAGUGCUGGCAUAGCUGCGGUUUUUAAGAAGAAAUUUGGUGGUGUUCAGGAGCUUUUGAACCAACAAAAGAAGACUGGAGACGUGGCUGUUCUGAAAAGAGAUAACCGAUAUGUGUACUAUCUGAUUACCAAAAAUAAAUAUUUUCAUAAACCUACCUAUGAUAAUCUGCAAAAGAGUUUGGAAGCAAUGAAACUCCAUUGUGUUGAAAAUGGUGUAACUCGUAUUUCUAUGCCUAAGAUUGGCUGUGGACUUGACCGCCUGGAUUGGGAGAAAGUUUCAACAAUGCUUGAAGAAGUAUUUGAGGGUACAGAAGUUUAUAUUACAGUUUAUACUCUUUAAUUCUUGCAAUAAUUGUCUUACUGUCUUGAUUGCUACACUGUGUACCUACAAUUGAUUUGGAAGAAUCUGGUGGUAUGAUUUUAAUGCCAUCAUUAUUCUAUAAUUGCAGACAUUUCUUACUUUUCAGUUAGGUUUUCGGGCACACUCUUAUUUUUUUAAAAUGUAUUGCAAUGGUUUGCUAUUUUGUCUUAUAUCCUCGAGUUAAGCCCCUAAAGUGUUACACUUUAGUGGUCAGUUGUUACAGAUGUAUAUGUUCCAUUAAAAACAAUAAAUUUGUAUUAGUUAAAUAA